AUGAAAAUGCUCCUGGUCCGCAAGUUCCGGGUGCUGAUCCUGAUGGUGUUCCUCGUCGCCUGCACCAUGCACAUCAUGAUCGACCUGCUGCCGCGCCUGGAGCGCCGGGGCCCCGAGGGCCGCCCGGGCUGCUCCUGCCCGCCGCCCGCCGCCGCGCCGCCCCGCGCCGCCGCUCCGCGCUGGCCCAGCAAGCACACGCUGCGGAUCCUGCAGGACUUCAGCGCCGAGCCGGCCUCCAACCUCUCGUCGCAGUCGCGGGAGGCGGCGGAGCGGGCGGCGGAGCGGGCGGCGGGCGGCGGGGGCGCGGCGGAGCGGGCGGCGGGGAGGGCGCGGCGCUUGAUCGGCCCCGGGGCGCCGCGCCCGCCGCCCCCCGCCGGCAACGCCGCCCCGCUGGCCGCGCUCUUCCAGCACCCGCUGUACCGCGCCGCCCUGCCCCCGCUGGCCGACGGGGACCUCCUCUUCAAUGUCAACAGCGACAUCAGGUUCAACCCGCGGGCGGCCGAGCAGCUCGAGUGGCAAAAUGAAGAUCAUCAUGAAGAAUUUUUGCCAACUGGAGAAACCUCCAUAGACUCCUACCCAAACUGGUUAAAAUUCCACAUUGGCAUUAAUCGGUAUGAGUUGUAUUCCAGACAUAAUCCUGCAAUUGAGGCUUUACUACAAGACCUUGUCUCCCAAAAGAUAACCAGUGUUGCAAUGAAAUCAGGAGGCACCCAGCUGAAGCUGAUCAUGACAUUCCAGAACUAUGGACAAGCAUUGUUUAAACCAAUGAAGCAAACCAGAGAACAAGAAACCCCGCCUGACUUUUUUUACUUCUCGGACUAUGAGAGACAUAAUGCAGAAAUAGCAGCAUUUCAUCUGGACAGGAUCCUGGAUUUCCGGCGCGUGCCCCCCGUUGCAGGUAGACUGGUUAACAUGACGAGAGAGAUACGAGAUGUUACUCGUGACAAGAAGCUGUGGAGAACAUUUUUCAUCUCACCAGCCAACAACAUCUGCUUCUAUGGGGAAUGCUCCUACUACUGCUCAACAGAGCACGCCCUGUGUGGGAAACCAGAUCAGAUCGAAGGGUCUCUGGCUGCUUUCCUGCCUGAUUUGUCUUUAGCAAAAAGGAAAACCUGGAGAAACCCUUGGAGGCGUUCCUACCACAAGCGCAAGAAAGCAGAAUGGGAAGUUGAUCCAGAUUAUUGUGAAGAGGUUAAACAAACACCCCCAUACGACAGUGGGACCAGAAUUCUGGAUAUAAUGGAUAUGACAGUUUUUGAUUUCCUAAUGGGUAACAUGGAUCGACAUCACUACGAAACCUUUGAGAAGUUUGGAAAUGAAACUUUUAUUAUCCACUUGGAUAAUGGAAGAGGGUUUGGAAAAUAUUCCCAUGAUGAACUUUCCAUAUUGGUGCCUUUAAACCAGUGCUGCAGAAUCAGGAAGUCUACCUAUCUGCGAUUACAGCUGUUAGCCAAGGAGGAAUACAAACUCAGUCUCCUGAUGAAAGAAUCUUUGCUAAAAGAUAAAAUAGCUCCAAUCCUCUACCAGCCUCACUUGGAGGCGAUGGACAGGCGGCUGCGGAUUGUCCUCAAGGCUGUCAGUGACUGCAUAGAGAAGGAUGGUUAUGACAAUGUGGUUGAAAAUGACUUUAACACGGAUGUUAACACUGUUACCACCGAGAGGUAGUGAAAUGGCAAGACUACAUUUUUACCAGCCGAGUCAAGAAGAUUCAAAGAAGAAAAGGAAACAAAAAAACAACAAAAAAGUCUUGCAAAAGACUGUGUAUGCCACUUUGUGAAUUCAGUGAAUUCAGAAAUGAGAUAUAAUUGUUCCCAGAGUAAGUAAAGUGUAGACUCUGCAAAGGAUUAGUUCAUUAAGAAAAAUAAGUCUAAUGUGUUGCUUUUCAUUAGUUCCUGAAGAGAGAUUCUGAAAAGAUUCAGAAAAUACUCAAUCACUGACAGACAACAGUCUGAUAGCAAAACACCUCCUGUCCUUUUUGUAUAGAAAGGAGGCCUUUACUUAAUAUUUUGUAUUUAUAUAUGGUAUAUCUAUGAAACCCCAGACCUACUUUCCAAAUUUAACUAAGAGGAACAGCAUAGUUUUGUGACUCACACUUUAUUUGUGGUGACAGUCCACUUAGUAUUUUGUGUUAACCCUUUAAGUGCUCUAAUCCACUGUAUCUUAUUUAAAUUGAAUGCUUAUUUUCCCCCCAGCUACUCAGCAUUUAAAGGGUUAAGGCAUUAUGAACUUUUAAAGGCAAAAAAUAAUAAUAAUUAUAAUAAUAAUGAUAAUAAAUACAGGGGUUACCAGAAGGGAAUUUCACUAAUUGUGCUUUGACAGGAAUACUUGAAUGUUGGUUUUACAAAGUGAUGUAAAAUGACAAGUUGUACUAUUUGUCCAUAAGGAGGUGGCAGCUCUUAUCUUUCUAGACUAUCAUAGCUGAGCUGCUACUUUUCAAUUUUGCUUUUGAUAGUUUUGUGUAAAUAUAUACAUAUAUGGGUAAAAAGCUGCUUUCAGCAGCUCUAGGCUUACUUUUGCAGCAUUUUUGUGGAAUUGUUUGCAACGUGGUAAAAGUGCAAUAAAGAUAUGCAAAAUGUGUA